AUAGUGUAUAUUACUUCUAGUACUAGGGGACUAGUUCAAACGUAUAAGUGAAUAAAUUCGAAAACAGAACAGAUAUGUACCAAAUAUAUGUAUUUUAAUAUUGGUUCCCAGUUUACAGACAAGGCUAAACUCAACUUCUAUUUCAAAACUAUAGUAAAAGUAAAUAUAUUAAAUUAAAUAGUGUCAGUGUUGCCGUGUGAGUUUGUCGUUGCCAGUGUCAGUUUUGUUUUGGCUAUCGGUGACCCAGUGUCAUGGACUUUCUAAACUCAGUUGAUAUUCAAGACAUCAAACAACUUUUAUUCACGGACUCAUUAGUCACCUUUUCUGAUGAAGAUCAUGCUGUUGGAGAACUGAGUAUCACUGUAGACAUUGUAUCUAGGAUUGGACAGCCCUGUCUUCUUGUUAAUGCUAAUAGCCAUGGCAUUGUAGGGGGUGUUCCCUGUGGGACAUCAGUUACAGCUCAUUUAAAACCAAACCUGGAAACCCUUGAGCAAAUAUAUCAUGAAUAUGUAGAGCUGGAGAACCAUCAAGAAAAUCAUAUGCCCUUCUCCACAGUUUUAUUCUCAUCUUUUUGUUGUCCCCACAAAGAUUGGAGACUGGAAUCCUGUCAUUGA